AUGAAACGUGAAGCACCUUCUGAGUUACAUGGCUACAACAGUGAUGGUGGCGUGCGACUAGCAAAAGCGCGCCGGCGAGAAAGCCCAAGCACGAAUCCAGAGCUUUGGAAGAAAGAGCACGAGCACAGCAAAGCGCAGCAACCGCUUUCACCCUUCUCCCCUGACUGUGAUUGUAAAGUUUGUUAUGACCCUCAACUUGCGAUAUUCAUCACACUGACUGCCCAGCAACCUGAUCCUCUCGAACAUCGAACUACCAUUCCAACGUCCCUCACGAAUACCACCGACGAGCUUCUGGACGACAUAUACCACUGGAUCCCUGUGCCAUCGGAGACUGACGCGCUUGAGGUGAUGAGCCAACCCGCGUCAAAACGAUCCCGAUCGCGUUCGAUCUCAACGGAUCGAGGGCGUGCUCGGUCGGUCUCAUCGGACAACAGCGAGAGCAGUUCGGCUCGGGACACCAGGUCAUAUGCAUAUAGAGCUGUCAAUUAUGUCACCAUCCUGGAGACCAAAGGAUGCUUCAUGCGACAGUCCUCUGCCGGCCCGAUAUCCGAGGAUAUUGCGCUCUGUGAGCGUCUCCUCAGUCAGCCCAUCGAACCACCCACCGGCACACUGCUCGAAGACGAGUAUAACACAGAUUUUCAUAAUGCGUUGCAGAAUCGAUCCGAAGCGCGUCUGUUGGUGGACCUGCACCCUCUCAUUAUGCCAUCCGCGGAGAAUCAAUACAUUCGAGGGAACCAAUCUUUGAAGGAUGUGAUUGAUGGGUACAAUGAUCCCUGGCUGAAGACCGAGCCAAUCUAUGGUCCGAAACCUCAGCCUGAUCACGCACGAGGCUUGAGAUGGUCGGCUUUUUCCGAGAGCCAGCGGCGCAAACUCGGGAUCAAGCCUGACGAGAAAUCGCCCUACACAGUGCGAGAGGACAUGUACUUCCCAUAUUUGACCGCAGAAAUCAAAUGUGGGAACCAGGCGCUGGAACUUGCCGAUCGGCAGAACAUGCAUAGCUUUCGAAUAUACGGUUACUACCCGGAAAUUAAUGAUGGCAAGGUAUCAUUCUAUCGCUGGCCUGUUGCGCAACCCAACGUCUGGGUCAAAGCAAAUCGAUGGACAUGUUAUCAGUUUGUGGAGAACUUGGACUGUGAAUUCCUGCCUAUUCAUACCGAUAGAUUGAUGCGGAUACUGGAGGAAGUUCCGAACCCCGACGAAGAUGUCUCUGGUAUGGAUGUUGAUGAGCUUGACUCUCAGGUGUCCAUGGUUGGAUUGCAGGAACGCCCGGGCUAUCGCCGAGCAGCGUCUUCGCAGAAUCGUGGUCUACAACCAGAGCUACGUAUGAUGGUGCAAACACUACAACAGCAGCUGGCAGACCAGAAGGAACGAGAAGAGAAGCGGGCGGCGGAACAGAAGGAGAGAGAAGAGAAGCUUCUCGUUCAAUUGGAACAGCAGAAGCUACGGGAAGAGAAGCGAGAGGCGGAACAGAAGGAGAGAGAAGAGAAGCUUCUCGUUCAAUUGGAACAGCAGAAGCUACGGGAAGAGAAGCGAGAGGCGGAACAGAAGGGGAGAGAAGAGAAGCUUCUCCUUCAAUUGGAACAGCAGAAGCUACGAGAAGAAAGGCGAGAGGUGGAACAGAAGGACAGGGAGAAAAAGAGAGAAGCGGACUAUAAGGAACUGCAAGACAAGCUCCUUGCUCUUUUGGAACAGAGAAGAUGA